GUUUAUUGUUUGGUCAGUUGUUUUUACACCGAGGCAGAAGUGCAGUCGGUGAAAUUUCAAAAAACGCGAUUCGUGACGCCCCGUUUGAUAGUUUAGAUUGUUUUUUGUGCAAUUUACAAAGACAUUGAAAAUAUUUAGACGGAUAAAGGCACUAUUCUACAGUAGAUUGGAAUUAUUGACCACGUCAGAAUUUUUAGAGGAAAAGUUCAACCACCUACAAUAUUUCAAUAUCAGACAGUUCGUAAUUUUCGAGGCACAAUCGAUAAAUGACAAAGAAGUUUGAACGUUAUAAUGGCUGCUCUUCAACAUGUAAAUUUAUGGCAAGAUGGAUGUGGGCAUCGAAUCCCGAGACCGCCGAAAAUUGGAGAUAUUCCCAGACAUACUGCGGUAGAUGUCGAUCUGAAAAGCAAGCAAGUAGAUCAAAGUAGCCAAUUAUCGGGAAAUUUGAAGAAAAUAUACCCACCAAAAGAUGUACUUAGAGCUCAAGAGAACUAUACACAAUCUCUGAAUAAUGAUGAUAAUAAGCUAAUGAUAUCGGAAAUUACUAAAAUUACAAAAGAUGCUGAACAAAUGCGCACAGAAGAAAAAAUUUCAAAAACUCCUAGGAAAGUCGAAGUUGCCCGAACAACCGACGUUAGCCGAACUACCAUCGAAGUUGUCAAAAAACAAGUCCAAGGUGAAGUUGUUUUAGAACAAGUCGAUAGUUGUCAAACGGAUGACAAAGUUGAAAGACAAGUUGAUAUCCAAUCAAGUGGAGAAAACCCACACUCAGAACUGAACGCACAUAUUUCCGACGGCAGUGGUAGUUGUCGAUCCGAGCCGAGCAUACCUGUGAUAAUUAAUAACUCAGUGCCUUCCUUUAAUUUGUCUGAGCAUGCCUCUGCAAAGCACGUUCCAGUGCACGAUCCAAAUAUAUUGGUCCAAUCUAAACCUGUUGUAGCAGAAAGUAAGCAUUUGUUUUCAAAUUGCCAAUUGUCUCCACACUGCAGUCCUACGAAUAGCCCUAGAAGCAAUAGAAAAAGGCAACCGUUAAGAGAAUCUAGAAGAGUUAGCAUUGAGAAAUCGGGCAUGUACUUACAGCUGAAUCAAUACAAGCUCUUGGAUAGUAUUGGCCAGGGAUCUUAUGGGAUAGUUAAGUUGGCGUAUAAUGAAGAAGACGAUACGCAUUAUGCCAUGAAGAUUCUAUCAAAGAAGAAACUUCUGAAAAAACAUGGCAUGUUUGGUCGUCUUCCACCACCACGUAGAGAUGGUCGAUCCAAUUCCUCGCCAAUCAAUCAUCCUUUCCAGAAAGUAUAUCGAGAGAUAGCCAUUUUGAAGAAACUUGACCAUCCCAACGUAGUCAAAUUAGUAGAAGUACUAGACGAUCCAGAUGAAGAUCAUUUGUAUUUAGUAUUUGAACUUCUCGAAGGUGGUCAAGUAUUGGAAAUACCGACUGAUACUCCGUUGGAUGAAGAUAAAGCGUGGACCUACUUCAGAGACGUUGUAUUGGGAAUUGAAUAUCUUCACUACCAAAGAAUCAUCCACAGAGACAUAAAACCGGCAAAUUUACUUUUAAGCGAUACGGGUAGAGUUCAGAUAGCCGACCUGGGGGUAUGCAACGAGUUUCACGGAAGCGAUGCUUUUCUCUCGAAUACUGCAGGCACUCCAGCUUUCUCGGCACCAGAAGCCAUUAGCGAUCAGAAACAAGCAGGAUUUAGUGGAAAGGGUACCGACAUUUGGUCAAUGGGAGUCACACUCUACGCUUUUGUCUUUGGGCAAGUACCAUUCUAUGACGAUCAUAUCGUGAGACUUUACUCAAAAAUUAAAAGUCAACCAGUCAACUUUCCAGAGCAGCCGUACAUCAGUGAUGAGUUGAAGGAUCUCAUAAAGAAAAUGCUUGUUAAGGAUCCUACCCAAAGAAUAACGCUACCCGAAAUAAAGGUUCAUCCAUGGGUAACUCGUAGUGGACAAUUUCCACUUCCAUCGGAAGAGGAAAAUUGCCAGUUGGUUGAAGUUACUGAAGAAGAAGUGGCUAAAGUUAUAACUUCAAUACCGAAACUAGACACUUUAAUUUUAAUCAAGCACAUGCUCAAGAAACACUCCUUCCAGAAUCCAUUCCUUCAUCGUCGAGAUACAACUGUAGUUCCAUCUGUUUCACAUUCCAGCACGGUAUCUACUCCUCGUCAAUAUAUCGGGCAAUCGGGUCGUUCUAAUUCCGCACCUGGUAGCUAUGAUUGGCAUCACGAGAAACAGCUCAGUAUCGACUUGGGUCUAGAAUCUGUUGAAGAGGUCGCUACAGAUCAAACUUUAGAAGAAACUACAAAUAAUGGGGGGAAAAGAGAAGAAAAGCGGUGAUAUCACUUGUUGCAUAAAAUAGAAAAAUUUUGGAGAAUGCUUUGGUAAAUGUUGAUAAUGAGUUUGAGCUUGAUCUGUGAUUAAAUGAAAAAUUCACUACAUUGUGAAUCUCAUUUCUUUAACAUAUAUGAAGAUGUAUAUAAAUAUUUAUUUCAAUUAUAGUUGGAAUAGAACUCAAAAAUAAAUAGUUUGAUAUUUUCAUAUGUGUUGAAGUACUUAUAUUUUAAAAUCAUAAUUAUAUUAUUUUUAUAAAUCAUGAAUUUAAAGCAAAUUAAAACUGGGAUAUGUGUGAUUUUUGGUUCCAAAAUUUAUGACUUUGUUUAAUUUCCUUUAAUAUUUUUUUUCUCAUUUACACCUCAUAUGUUACACAAAUUAAUAUUUUUAAUAAAUUGUAAAAGCAAAAA